UUGUUCAGCUGUUAUGCGCCCACACUGGAAGCAUCGAAGGAAAAAAAAGAUCAGUUUUAUAAACAGCUUAACACAGCUGUAAACGCGACGCCAUCUGAACACCAAUUGUUUGUGCUAGGUGACUUCAACACACGAGUAUGUGUAGAUCAUGACAUAUGGCGCGGGGUGCUUUGGCGAAAUGGGGUUGGUAAACAAAACUUAAAUGGAAUCAGGCUUCUUGUGUUCUGCGCAGUGCAAAAACUGGCAGCGACAAACACGGUCUUCCAACAGUCAAACAAGCUGAAGACUACAUGGAUGCACCCACGAUCGGGACACUGGCACCUGAUCGAUUAUGUCAUCACAAGACAAAGAAACCUACGCAACGUUCGCCUCACCAGAGCGAUUCGAGCGACAACUGUCUGGUCUGAUCAUCAUCUUGUC